AUGGUCGCCUUCAAGUCCCUCACUGCUUGGCUCUUGGCCGCCUCGGCGAGGCUUGUCCUUGCGGCUCCAUCAGCCUCGCUUGACUUUAAGAUCGACAAGAGAUACGUCGAGGUCCGUGAUGAUGUUACGUACAAUGUGUUCGAGCAUGCCGCAACAGGCACAAAGAUGUCCUUCGUCAAUAAUUCAGGAAUCUGCGAGACCACGCCGGGGGUGAAUCAAUACUCGGGCUACCUCAGUGUCGGCACAAACAUGAAUAUGUGGUUCUGGUUUUUCGAGGCACGAAACAAUGCGAGCACCGCACCCUUGGCUACAUGGUUCAAUGGUGGCCCAGGAUGCAGUUCGAUGAUCGGACUCUUCCAGGAGAACGGCCCAUGCCAGUUUUACAACGGCGCAUCUACCCCUUCUCUCAACCCAUACAGCUUCAAUGAGUAUGCCAAUAUGAUCUACGUCGAUCAGCCCAUUGGUACUGGCUUCUCAUACGGCACUGACACUGUCACAUCAACCGUUACCGCAGCGCCAUUCGUGUGGAAGCUUCUCCAAGCAUUCCUAACCCAAUUUCCACAGUAUGAGAGUCGUGAUUUCGGCAUCUUCACAGAGAGUUAUGGUGGACAUUACGGUCCAGAGUUUGCUAGUUACAUCGAGACUCAAAACAGCGCAAUUGCCAGUGGCAGUCUCCAGGGUGAAAAGAUUAAUCUUGUUGCCCUCGGCAUCAACAAUGGUCUAUACGAUGAGACGAUCCAGUACAAGGCUGAUAUCGAUUUUGCCUACAACAAUACCUACCGCAAACUCAUUACUGCUGCUCAACAGACGUCGCUAAACAAAGUCUACACAUCCAAGUGUCUUCCUCUGCUCAAUAAAUGCACCGGCCUCACUGGUGCCGACGCAUCCUGCGAACAGGCAUACAAUACCUGUAGCGAGGACAUUGACGAUGUAAUCUACAACAGUGCCGACUUUGAUCCGUAUGAUGUUCGCGCCAGCAGCAAUGACCCGAAUCCACCUGAGACAUACGCGACAUAUCUUGCACGGGCUGACGUCGUAAAGGCGAUUGGAGCUCAGUCAACCUAUCAGGAAUGUCCUAACAGUGUCAACCAGAAGUUCUUCACCACCGGUGACUAUCCUCGCUCGUUGGUUUCUACCCUUUCGACUGUGAUUCAGUCGGGGAUUCGUGUGCUCACAUGGGCUGGUGAUGCCGACUUCAUUUGUAACUGGUUCGGCAAUCUUGACGUUGCCAAUGCUUUGACCUACUCGGGAUCAGCUCAGUUCAGCGCCAAGACACUUGCGCCGUACACAGUAGGCGGUACAGAGCUUGGGCAGUUCAAAUCAGUGGACAAUCUUAGCUUUAUUCGAGUGUACGGAGCAGGUCAUGAGGUCCCUUACUAUUCGCCUAAACUUGCUCUUCAAGCUUUUACUCAGACGAUGAAGGGACAAGCUGUUUCGUCAACCUAA